CUUUAGUUGCGGUCACGCUGUGUACAAGGCAAAUUAAAAGAUAAAAUUAAAAAUAGCCAGAAAAAUACGCGAGUGUGACGUGCUAAAUAGUUAAAUAGUUGUGCCUGGCAAUUUAUAAGAAUGCCCACAUAGACUGAGCACAUCGUGCAAGUGUUUUUGUGCAAUAAUAAAUAAAAGGAACAACAAUAUUAGAAAUAAAUUUUCAAGCUUCUUCGGCUACAUUGCACGCAGAGCAGCAGAAAGAAGCAAGCCACUGCCUGCUCCCCUCUGCCCUGCCCUGCCCUUUAGCCGUAGCAUUCGCAGUCGCAGUCGUUUGUCUACGUUAAGUUGCGUCCCGUAUGUAAAUGUAACCGAUGGACGACGAAGGCGAACCAAACAGAUGAUAUUCACGCUACAACAACAACGACCACACAACAACAACAAGAAAAAGCAGCAGCAAACAUGUACAUAUAGCCAUCAGCAUAUUAUUCAAUGAGUGUGUGCGCGAGCGUAUAAAAGAAAAAUUAGAUAAAAACGAAAACGAAAAAUAUAUAAAAUGAAAUUAGCGCACGCCUGAAUUUCGAGUUUGGCGCAAGGUGAAUCGAACCGAACCGAAACUGAAUGUUGUACAUACAUAUAAUACAUACAAUACAAAUACAAUACAAAAAAAAGUGCGACGAAAAACAAUUUUCAACUUUUCUCUUUGUGCGUGUGCGUGUGCGAACCUGAAGUGCUGCCACCUGCAAUUGCAAUUUGCAAUUGCAUUGAUUUAAGCAACACACAAACACAUACAUACAAACAUACGUGCAUAAAGAGGAUAUACAUAACGUACAUACAAACAUACACUCACCUCAUACAUACAAACUUAUGUGCAUAUAUGCAUGUGUGUGUGCACACAUACACAUGAUGGCUGACUGAUAAAAGCCUCAAACUCACACAAACAUACACACACACAUGCAAAGGCAGCGAGAGACGCACACACACAUAUAAACACGCAUACAGCGAGCUUUUGACACACGAUAACAAUAUAACUUGAACUUGGCACAAUUCACUGGCGCAGGAGGAGGAAGUAGCAGGCAAUCACUCACACUGAGGAUAGUUAAAUAGCACCAAGAAGUCCAAUGUCCAAUAAAAUCAAUCCCAAGCGACGUGAACCGACAGCAGCAGCCGCUGUAGCCGCCGCCACCGCCGUUGUGGCGACCAAUACGAGCAGCUCGACGGGAUCGUCCAGUGCUGGUAACACAUCAUCGGCAAACACAUCGUCCUCAUCCAGCUCAUCACUGUCGUCCGCAGGAGGCGGUGAUGCUGGCAUGUCUGCCGAUCUAACAUCGCUAUUCGAGUGCCCCGUUUGUUUCGAUUAUGUGCUGCCACCGAUACUGCAAUGCUCCAGCGGGCAUUUGGUAUGCGUCUCGUGCCGUUCCAAGCUCACAUGCUGCCCCACAUGUCGCGGCCCCCUCGCCAACAUACGCAACCUGGCCAUGGAGAAGGUCGCCUCCAAUGUGAAAUUCCCAUGCAAACAUUCGGGCUACGGCUGCACCGCCUCACUCGUCUACACUGAGAAGACGGAGCACGAGGAGACCUGCGAAUGCCGGCCGUAUCUGUGCCCAUGUCCGGGUGCCUCGUGCAAGUGGCAAGGACCGUUGGAUCUAGUCAUGCAGCAUCUAAUGAUGUCACACAAGAGCAUUACAACGCUGCAGGGCGAGGAUAUUGUGUUCUUGGCCACCGACAUCAAUCUGCCCGGCGCCGUCGAUUGGGUGAUGAUGCAGUCGUGUUUUGGCCAUCAUUUCAUGCUUGUGCUGGAGAAACAGGAGAAAUACGAUGGCCAUCAGCAGUUCUUUGCCAUCGUUCAGCUGAUCGGGUCGCGCAAGGAGGCCGAGAAUUUUGUGUAUCGCCUGGAAUUGAAUGGGAAUCGACGUCGUCUCACCUGGGAGGCAAUGCCGCGUUCCAUACACGAGGGCGUUGCCUCGGCCAUACUCAAUUCGGAUUGUCUGGUGUUUGACACAUCGAUUGCGCAACUCUUUGCCGACAAUGGGAAUCUGGGCAUCAAUGUAACCAUAUCUCUGGUCUAAAACACCAACACACACACACCCGGUACAUACAUACAACAUGAACAUACAUCACCAACACACAAAAUCCAACAAAAUGAUUGAAAUGAUUAUGUGCAUCGUUUCUAAAACGAUUUUCGAUGAUUUUCGAUACACGAUUCUUACACCACACACAUACAAAUUAUAUAUACAUAUAUAUAUUCCUUUAAUCGUAUCGGAAUGUAUAUAGAGCAUGUGUGUGUGUGCGUGUAGAUCGGUAGAUUGUCUGUCUGUAUGUCUGAUUGUCAGUCUCUUGCCUUUUGGACUGGCAAUAAUUAUUAUUAUUAGUAGUUCUAGGAAUAUUUCAUUUAAAUAAGUGAGAAAUGCAAACUAAGAAAAUUAAACAAAAAAAGAGAGGAAAGAAAAACACAUUUAUUCUACCGCGUGUUUUUUUUUUUUUUUUUUUUUGUAUUUGUGGGUUUUAGUUUAAUUUAGUUUGUAAGCCGGUCGACGUGGGGGCAUAAAACUUGGAGCGGAGCUGCCCACCAUCCACAAUCCAUACCACACUCGAAACAAAUACACACACACACAAUACACGUACACAUCUAUUACAUCUUUACAUCUAUACAACUGAGAGCAGCUAGUUUAGUUAAUGUAAAUUAUUUUAUACGAAAUAAAUUGUAAAUGCUAUAAAAGUAAACAUCACUUUUAACGACAAACAAAAAAAAACAAAACAACAAAAAAAUCAACAAAACAUAACU